CCAUCUUUCCAACUAACCCGACCUCCCGAUCGCAAUCCCAACGAGAGGCGAGACGAGGGCCACGGAGACCAAGAGAUCUCUUUGAUCUCGAGAGCUCCAUUCUCGGUGGCCAUGGCGACGGUCCUCUCCUCGUUCCGCUACGCCGACAGCCUCGUGGUGGUGGGGAUCUCCGUCUGCACCGCCUUCCUCUGCGAGGGCAUCUCCUGGCUCCUCAUCUAUCGCACCUCCACCUACAAAUCCCUCCGCUCCUCCAUCGACAAGGCCUCCAAGAAGCUCGAAUCCAUGAAGUCCACCUCCUCCUCCUCUGCCGGCGCCGCCGCUGGGGCCCCCGCUGCCUCCUCCAAGAAGCCCUCCUCCCGGGCCAAGAAGAUGGACCGGGUCGAGACCAGCCUCAAGGAGUCCACCCGCGACCUCUCCCUCUCCAAGUUCAAGUCCGGCGCCGUUGUCGCCGCCGUCCUUUUCGUCGUUUUCGGCCUCCUCAACUCUCUGUUCGAGGGACGGGUGGUGGCGAAGCUCCCCUUCUCGCCGAUCCCGUUGGUGCUGAAGAUGAGUCACCGGGGGCUUCCAGGCACCGAUCCUACCGAUUGUUCCAUGGUGUUUCUUUACUUCCUUUGUUCCAUUAGUAUCCGGACCAAUCUCCAGAAGUUCUUGGGGUUCUCGCCCCCGAGAGGGGCCGCCGGAGCCGGGCUGUUUCCCAUGCCUGAUCCCAAGACCAGUUGAUCAUAUGAUAGGAGUUAUGAUGAUUUUGCUUCAUGGUAUGAGGACCAACCCAGUCUCAACUUUAGGGUUUUUUAUUAAUAAAUAAGAGAUGCUCUUUUGUUUGAUUAA